AGUGGCCCGGUGUCACACAUGGCUCCCCGGGCGGUCCUGCUCCUGGUCGCGCUGUCCGGUGUCCUGGAUGGGCGCUCCUGCUGGGCUUUUACCUGUCCGACCAUCUGCCGCUGCAGCGCCGACACAUUCCGGUGCAGCAGAGACACUCAGCUGGCCUCCCGGACAGGAGAGACAUCCGUGCCUCGACUAAGGCUCUCUCAUCUGCCCCUGAAAGAAGUCCCCACUCAUGCCUUCAAGGAUCUCAUCAACGUUACAAUAAUUGAGAUUUCCCAGAGCGACUGCAUCAGACAGAUACGCAGGCACGCCUUCCUCUCCCUCCACAGCCUGGCUCAAAUUUCUGUGCAGAAUAUCAACAGUCUGAGGGUUAUUGAAAAAGGGGCCUUCACAAACCUGCCCAAGCUGGAAUAUUUGAGCAUCUCCAACACAGGGCUGAUACACUUCCCAGACUUCACAACUAUCUCUUCUUUGGCGCCAAAUAUUAUCCUAGAAAUGGCAGACAACAUGAGGAUCGACAUCAUUCCUGCCAAUUCUUUCCAGGGUAUCACGGAGGAGUACGUUGACAUGAACCUGGUUAGAAACAGCUUCAAAGAAAUCAGAUCUCACGCAUUUAAUGGAACCAAGCUCAACACACUAAUUUUGAGAGACAACAGGUACCUCAGUGCCAUCAAGGAAGAUGCCUUUGAAGGAGCCACAGGUCCGAGCUUUCUGGAUGUUUCCUCCACAGCUCUGAGUUCCCUGCCCCCUAAAGGCUUGAGGCAGGUGAGGUUUCUGAAAGCGGGCUCUACCUUCGCUCUGAAGACCCUCCCUCCUCUGCAGAGCCUGGCUGAGCUGCUGGAGGCUGAGCUCACGUACCCCAGCCACUGCUGCGCCUUCCACACGUGGCAUCGGAAGCAAAGAGAAAGUGCCUUAAGGAACUUCACAAAGUUAUGUGAUCUCAGCAAAACUGAAAUAGAGCCCACGGCAGAUGGCUUGGGUCCUAUUGAUGACAUCAACUUUCAGUAUCCAGACUUGGAGUUUGAUUGUCUCAGCAACCCUUUUGUCAAGUGCACACCAAAGCCAGACGCCUUCAACCCCUGCGAGGACCUGCUGGGCUUCCCCUUCCUGCGGUGUCUCACCUGGAUCAUCACUGUUUUUGCCGUGGCCGGUAACCUGGCUGUCCUGGUUAUCCUGCUAAUCAGCCACCAUAAGCUGACCAUCUCCAGGUUUCUCAUGUGUAACCUGGCCGUCGCUGACCUGUGCAUGGGGCUCUACCUGAUGCUCAUUGCCUUCAUGGACUACAACUCCCGUCACGAGUACUACAACCACGCCACGGACUGGCAGACAGGGCCCGGGUGCGGCAUAGCAGGGUUUCUGACGGUGUUUGCCAGCGAGCUGUCGGUGUAUACGCUGACUGUGAUCAGCCUUGAACGCUGGCACACCAUCACCAACGCGAUGCAUGUUAACAAAAGGCUGCGGAUGCACCAUGUGGCAGCCAUUAUGGGGGCAGGCUGGGGCCUCUCUCUGCUGAUCGCCCUGCUCCCUCUUGCGGGGGUCAGCAGUUACAGCAAAGUGAGCAUCUGUCUGCCCAUGGACAUCGACACACUGGGCUCUCAGGUUUACGUGGUGACUGUGCUCGUUCUCAAUGUCGUCGCCUUCCUGGUGGUCUGCUACUGUUACAUAUGCAUAUAUGUGAGCGUUCACAACCCAGAGCACUCCACCCGCCACGGAGACACCAAGAUUGCCAAGCGCAUGGCUGUGCUCAUUUUUACAGACUUUUUGUGCAUGGCGCCGAUCUCCUUCUUCGCCAUCUCUGCGGCCCUGCGUAUGCCCCUCAUAACCGUGUCUCACUCAAAGAUCCUGCUCAUCCUUUUUUAUCCCAUCAACUCCCUAUGCAACCCCUUCUUGUACACGCUCUUCACACGGGCUUUCAGGAAGGACGUGUGCUUGCUGCUGAGUCGCUGCGGCCGCUGCCAUGCCAACGCUGACUACUACAGGUCACAGACUCUGGCUUCACAACUCAACUCCACCCAAAAGGUUUCCACCAGAAAACCUCACUCACUUAGCUUCUAUGCUUAUCACAUUAAGAUGAAGGGCUGCUUUCUAAGCAAGGGGACCACAUGA